UAUUCGUUCUGUCUGUGGGUGUGUAUUUUGUCUUUUUGACUGAUUGUGUGUUGUUUUCUUUCCAGAUCGGCACGUUCACCACACACAGCGGUCAGUUCUUUCUGGAGCCACUGCUGAGCGCUGAUGGAGAAGAGUUUGAGGAGGAGCACAACAAACCUCAUCUGGUGUACAAACACCAUACACAACACACAGAGAAGUGCCACACUACAGAUGCAGUGUUCAGUGGUGACGUCCAUCUGUCCGCUAACAGCAGUCUGCACGAGCAUGUGUCAGCGCUGCACACACACUCCCCUGGCUCCACACACACACACUCCUCCAGACGCAAGCGAUUUCUGUCGUACCCGCGAUUCGUAGAGCUGAUGGUGACGGCGGAUGUGAAGAUGCUGAAACACCACGGAGCAAACCUGGAGCACUACAUCCUCACUAUCAUGUCAGUAGUGGCCUCGAUCUACAGAGACCCGAGUGUGGGAAACCUGAUCAACAUCAUGAUCGUCAAACUCAUCGUCAUCCAUAAUGAACAGGAAGGGCCGAAUGUAAGUCUGUUGGCCACAUCGACUCUUCAUAACUUCUGUGUGUGGCAGCAGAGCCAGAACUCAGCAGACGACAGCGACCCUUCACACCAUGACACGGCGCUGCUCAUCACCAGGGAGGACAUUUGCAGAGCCAAAGACAAGUGCGACACACUCGGUCUGGCGGAGCUGGGCACCAUGUGUGACCCGUACAGGAGUUGCUCCAUCAGUGAGGAGAACGGUCUGAGCGCCUCCUUCACCAUCGCUCAUGAGCUUGGACACGUGUUCAACAUGCCUCAUGAUGACAGCCCCAAGUGUCGAGAAGCUGGAAUCAAACACCAGUAUCACGUCAUGGCUCCGACGCUCAACUACGACACCAGCCCCUGGUCCUGGUCCAAGUGCAGCCGCAAAUACAUCACAGAGUUCCUGGAGUGAGUACAGCUCUGUGAUCCAGUCUGAGUGAGAGGAGAGUUCUAGAUACAUCAGUC